AUGCUCGGCCUCUCGCCCGCGCCCAGCGUAGUCCUGUGCUCCCCGCUGACGAGGGCGGUCCAGACGGCCAUCGCCAUGUUCGGAGGAUCAGGGAUCCCCAUCGUGGCGGUGCCCGAGGCUAGGGAGGCCUACGGGAGGUUUCCGUGCGACCGCCACCGGGACAGGAGCGAGCUCGAGCUCAUGUUCGGAGACUCGGUGGACUUCAGCCUCUGCGCUGUCCAGGACACGGCGUGGUCGCCACACCACCGCGAGGAGAUGUCUCAGCUCGACAGGCGCGUCGCCGGGUUCGUGGACGGCCUGCUCCGGCGGGAGGCCGGCCACGUCUUCGUGGUCUCCCACGGCGUUUUCAUCGAGGCGACGCUCCGGCAGCUGGCCCACGGGUACCCGGGGCACAUCGGCAAGAACCGCGUGCACAACUGCGACGUGCACUCGUUCGUAUUCUCGGUGGCGCCCUCCUCCUCCGCCGCUGCCGCCGCCGCCGCCGCGGUCAAGCCUUCGUCCACCAGCGCCGCCGCCGCCGCCGCCGCCGGUGCUUCUUCUUGUUCGGGCGGUGGCGUUGGGAGGGUACCCCCUGCCGCCGCCACAUCCACGGCGCCCCCCCGGGUGGAGGCUUACCUGACCGGUCAGGGCCUGGCACUCGCGUGCGCGGCGAGGAUGCCGCUCCCCGCCGUCGCCCACGUGAACCGCACCAUCCGCCGCUUCUCCGGAGACGGCCUUAGCCUCACCGAGCGCCAGUUCUCGGCCCUGCUGGCGCGGUGCGAGAUCGGGGCGCAGGAGACGAGGUGGCUGUACUGCGCGCUCGACCGGGAGGGCGGCGGGAAGGUCGCCGCCGGCGACCUCCUGCAGGCGCUGGUGGCGUUUCACUCGGGGGGGGAGGAGGCGGGGAGCGUUGCGGAGCCCCCCGGGGCGCACGCCCGUCACGGUCUGAUGGAUCUCCGCGUGCGGUACCAGAGGGAGAUGUACGGGACGCCGCUGGCGAACUACGAACUCCUGGACGCGACUUUUAAGCGCAUCCUGUUCACGGUGCUGGCAAUGUCGUGA